AACGUCCACCACGCCCGCGCUCUCUCCCAAUGGCGCAUCUUGCUCUCCGAUUCUGUCUUCCAUGGCGGCUCCAAGGCCCGGAGGCGUCUUUGACACGGUCAUUGUGGGCAACGGCCCCUCGGCUCUGAUCCUCUCAUAUAUCCUGCACGGCAAUAUUCCCUACUAUGCACGCCCGCACCACGACGCAAUCCUGCGCUCCAAACUCGACCGCCGUCCGAACCUCCUCCACCUAACGCCCGACUUGUACGCCCACUUUCUCGCGUCCUUGCGCUACUCGACCCAAGCCUUGCCCAUCAACACCCUCCUCGACACCCUCAUACGCCCCAAUGCCGACACAGAGGUCGACCCCGAGUCCUGCGUCGACUGGCGCCGCGAGCCGAACAAAGCCGUUUCGCACCUCUGUCUGGGCGACGCCGCCGUAUCGGGUGGUCAAUGGGCUGAAAACCCCGUCUCGGCAAGCAGCGACAUAGGCACGCUGAGCUACGCCGAGAUGCUCUCGCUGCCAGGCUACUCCUUCGCGGACCAUUGGCAGGCUGUGCACGACGAGCCACUGCCACAGUUCCUCAGGCCGAGUCGGACAGAGGUGCAAGGCUACUACAAGGCGUACCCGCGCGCCGCUGGCAUCGCCGACUCGAUUCUUUGUGGCACCCAGGUCCGCGACAUUUCGCGGACUGCCGACGGAGGUUUCCUCAUCGGCUCCCACGGCAUCCGGUGCAAGCACCUCGUCCUGGCCUCUGGAAUCUUCUCUGUCAACAUUCCCCCGCCGCUGCCCCUCCGCCAGCUGGCAGAGAUUGACAAUGUAGAAAAGCCUCUGCUGGUUGUCGGAUCUGGGUUUUCCGCCGCAGACGUCAUCAUAAGCGCCCCGCCCAGCCGUAAGAUCAUUCACAUGUUCAAUUGGUCGCCGGACACGCACGCCUCGCCUCUGCGUGGGUGUCAUCACCAGGCAUAUCCCGAAUAUGCAACGAUCUACCGGCAGAUGAAGCUUGCGUCUAUGCCGUCCAAAAGCAAAGUAACCACCGUUACUUCUCCGCCAAUGAGAAAGAAGAACAACCCCUUCUUCAGUCACAGGGAUUGGGCGAGCGUGUAUGAGGGCUUUGCGAACGCCGAGAUUCUGGACGUGAAGCUUGAGCCAGGAAGAGGAGCGAAAAUCACGAUCAAGCUCGAGGACGGAGAAGUGGUCGAGCGGGAGGCGGGAGGCGUGCAAUACGUGAUCGGCCGACGCGGCAGCCUAGGCUAUCUGGACGAGAAGCUACGAGACGAGGUCAUCGGGCCCGUGGAAGACGGCGAGGCAAACCCGACCCUGAUAUCCGGCCGCACUCUCCGCGACAAGGCAGAGAUAGACCUGGAGGUAGCCCCCGACGUCUUCAUCAUCGGCAGUCUGACUGGCGACAGUCUGGUGCGACACGCCUUUGGUGGCUGUGCCUACGCCGCCGGCCGCAUCGUUGAGGACAAUCUUGCUGACGGGCAUGGCGAGCUGAACGGCGGAGCCAAAUCCCCCCGCCAUGCGCGUGUGGUUUCAAAUCCAACGCCGCCCAUGUCGCCGGGACGCAGUCCUAAGAUCCGGCCAAACGGCGUUUCACAUCAGGACUUGCACCUGGAUAGGAGGAAGCUGUCAAUGGCGGAGAAGAACUGAGGGAGAAGGGGUUGUAGAAGUAGAGAGGGUGGUGGCUUUGUGCUUUUUCUGACCAAUGCGCGGGUGGGGGAUUUUGAGAUUGAUUGCAUGGUGGCCUUAUGUUUUAUAGAUUUUCAGGGAAAAUAGUACAUGUUCUGGCACGUACUCUUUUAUAUGAACAGCGUUGACGACCA